AUGUCUGGCCGCGGUAAAGGAGGAAAAGGACUUGGAAAAGGAGGCGCAAAACGACAUCGCAAAAUCCUCAGAGACAACAUCCAAGGCAUUACCAAACCCGCUAUUCGUCGUCUAGCCCGUCGUGGAGGAGUCAAACGUAUUUCUGGUCUAAUCUACGAGGAAACACGCGGAGUGUUGAAAGUCUUCCUUGAAAACGUCAUUCGUGAUGCCGUAACAUAUACCGAACAUGCGAAGAGAAAGACGGUUACCUCUCUCGACGUUGUAUACGCCCUCAAGAGACAAGGCCGCACUCUCUAUGGUUUCGGAGGUUAA